AUGUACACAUAUAUCUAGUCCUCCUCUUAAGCUUUUUCUCUGCUUAUCAUUUUGAUCUGCCAUGGCAACUAUGAUUAUCUCUUUCUUUAGUCCAUAUGUUAUUUUCAGCCUUAUAUGGGUUAUGAUGAUUAGUAGUCAAGCCUAUUCCAAAGAUGAUCGAAAGACUUAUAUUAUUUACAUGGGUGAUCAUCCUAAGGGUAUGGACCCAACGUCAUUACCUUCUCUUCAUACAAGCAUGGCUCAAAAAAUUCUCGGCAGUGAUUUCAAAUCAGAAGCUAUACUCCAUAGUUACAAAAAGAGCUUUAAUGGAUUUGUAAUGAAGUUAACAAAAGAGGAGGCAAAAAGGAUGGCAGAAAUGGAGGAUGUUGUGUCAGUUUUUCCAAACAAGAAAAAUGGGCUUCACACAACAAGAUCAUGGGAUUUUAUAGGGUUUCCCCACCAAGUGAAAAGAACAAAUGAAGAAAGUGAGAUUAUUGUUGGAGUAUUAGACUCUGGAAUAUGGCCAGAGUCUGAGAGUUUUAGUGACAAAGGAUUUGGUCUACCACCCAACAAAUGGAAGGGAUCAUGUCAUAACUUCACUUGUAAUAGGAAAAUCAUUGGAGCAAAAUCCUACAACAUCGAAGGUAGCUAUGCCAAAGAUGACAUUAGAUCUGCUAGAGAUUCAAACGGCCAUGGAUCACACGUUUCAUCAACCAUUGCUGGCAACUUAGUUGACUCUGCAAGCCUUUUAGGCUACGCUUCAGGAUCAGGGAGAGCACGUGGAGGAGCACCCUCAGCACGCAUCGCCAUCUACAAGGUCUGUUGGUCAUCGAACGGCUGUGAUGACGCCAACGUUCUUGCGGCAUUUGAUGACGCAAUCCAUGACGGCGUUGACGUCAUCUCUAUUUCAGUUGGGGCAGAUGUGGCUUUUCCCUUUUCGUAUUUUGAAGAUGCAAUUAACAUUGGGAGUUUCCAUGCAAUGAAGAAAGGGAUAUUGACUUCUAACUCUGCCAAUAAUUUGGGUCCUGAUCUUUCUUCUAUGACUAAUUAUUCACCUUGGUUGCUCUCUGUAGCUGCCGCCACUAUUAAUAGAAAGUUUCUUACAAAGGUUCAAUUGGGAAAUGGUAUCACUUUUGAGGGGGUUUCAAUAAAUACAUUUGAUCUCAAAAACAAAAUGUUCCCUUUAAUUUACGGUGGAGAUGCACCAAACACUGCUGGUGGGUAUAACAGUUCCAUAUCCAGGUAUUGUUAUAAGGACUCAUUGAAUAAACAUUUGGUGAAAGGCAAGAUCGUUUUGUGUGAGAGCAUUCUUGUUCCAACAGAUAUACAGUUACUAUCCGGUGCAGUUGGUAUGAUACAUGGAGCCAUAUCCCCAAAAGAUUUACCAAAUAAUUAUGCAGUGCCUUCAACUUUCUUGAGUCUAAGGAACUUUAGAUUAGUACAUUCUUACUUAGCUUCAAUGGGUAAUAAUGCAACAGCUACAAUAUUCAAGAGUGACGAAGUUAGAGACUCGUUAGCCCCAUAUGUGGCUUCAUUCUCAUCAAGAGGUCCAAAUCCAAUCACACCAAACAUUCUUAAGCCGGAUGUGGUUGCCCCAGGAGUUAACAUUUUAGCCGCAUGGUCUCCAAUUUCUCCAAUUUCAGAUGUUAAAGGUGACAAAAGAUUAGUCCAUUAUAAUAUUAUUUCUGGCACUUCAAUGGCAUGCCCUCAUGCCACUGCAGCAGCUGCAUAUGUCAAAUCAUUUCAUUCUAAUUGGUCUCCUGCUAUGAUCAAAUCUGCACUCAUGACCACAGCUACUCCAUUGAGUGCCACUCUUAAUCCUGAGGCCGAAUUCGCAUAUGGUGCGGGACUAAUUAAUCCUAUUAAGGCAGCAAAUCCUGGUUUAGUGUACGACAUUAACGAAGUUGAUUAUGUCAAAUUCUUGUGCCAGGAGGGAAUUGAAACUAAAAACCUUGGGAUUCUCACUAAAGAUCAUAGCAGUUGCAAGAAAGUGGGAAAGACAGAGAGUGUAUACGACCUCAACCUCCCAUCAAUUUCUCUCUACACAAACGUGUCAUCUUUCACUCGAAUUUUUCAUAGAACAGUUAUGAAUGUUGGGUCCGCAACAUCUACAUAUAAAGUGAAAGUGAUGUACCCAUCUUUUUUAGAUAUUCAAGUGAAACCGGAUACGUUGUCGUUUGAAUGUAUAGGCCAAAAGAAAUCAUUCUCGGUCAUUAUAGAAGGGAGUAUGAAUGUAAACACAGCUUCUGCUUCGUUGAUUUGGGAUGAUGGAACAUUUCAAGUUAGAAGCCCUAUUGUAGUGUUUAACCAAUUGCCUGUCCCACCAUUUAUCUUUAUCUAAAUGUGGGAUAAGGAAAGAGAUAAAGAUUUUUUCAAGGUUUA